AUGACUAUACUCAAACAGCUGUGGACAAAAGAAGUUGAGGAGCGUGAAGUAAAGAACAGUUACCAGUACGUUUUCGAGUUGCAAGAGAAGUUAGAAGAUACCCUUAAACUCGCCCAUAGUGAAUUGGAGAAAGCCCAGCAGAAUGGAAAACACUAUUACGACCGCAGGUCUAAAGUUAGGAAGUUUCAACCAGAUGAGAAAGUGGUUGUGCUGCUACCUACUGACCAUGACAAGUUACUUAUGCAGUGGAAAGGUCCCGUAGAAGUUAGUUCAGUAGAAGGUCUUAAUGACUACAAAGUGAAAAUA